UGCAAUACUUCUCACACAGCAUUCUCAUUCAUGUGCUGGUAUAUAUAUACAGCAAAAGAGAAUAAUUGAAAACAGAAAAAUUAUAUACAGCUUGAUGUGUAAAAACAGAAAAUGAAAUAAAAGAAUAAAAAAAUAAAAAACAGAUUAUAAUUAUACAUAUUCCUGCACGCCAACUGUUUGGUGAAAUGCCUCUUCGUGUGCAGUGGAUUGUAUAUCCUGGUGGGUUGUAUAUCCUGAUAAGGAAAAGUCUUUUAAAUCUUUGAAAUCUGGGGAAGAUAAAUAUUUUUUAUCCAAUCUCAAGACAAUCCGGUCUUUUGCCCUUUAAUUAAGCUAAUGGACAUAAAAUGAAAGUGGGCCGGCUAGCUUGUGCUUUCAAUCUGCACGUUUUCCAUGUAUGCUGCCGCGAAAGCAUAUACUAAUUAACUACAUGUUGUUGCUUUUUCAUGCAUCGGGCCGCGGGCCAGCCCCGCCAAAAGCAAAGCGCUGAACUACUACUGUAGCUCUGCUUUUUUCAAUGUGCCCGAACCACUCCUCCCCUCCUUCAAAACAGCAGAGCAUUACUAGUAAAUUAUUAUUAUUAUUAUUCUUAGCCUGCAAAACAGAGAUCAAUAUAAAAAUGCAACCACGUGAAAACACAGAUCGGCAGACACAAGAGCAUACAUACAUAUAUAUAUAUAUAUAUAUAUAUAUAUACUCUUUAUUUUCAAAUCAAGAGCAGAAUAAAUAUCGGUCACUCCUCCUCCUCCUGAGCUUAAUUAGACCCUUAGCUCUCUGGUUAAUGACCUAGACAGGGGAGAAGAGGACUAACCAUGAGAGCCUUCAGUUUGGAUUUGGCAGAACAGAGUAGUUCUAGUGAUGAGGAGGGUGCAGUUGGGUUGAGGAUUAUACUCAUGACUACUCAGUACAGUGGGAUUUCGCAGAAGGAGGGAGUACCCAACAGCACUCAUGUCCUCGUAAAAUCUUCCAUGAGAUCGCCGGGCACAAUAUGCCCCCCACCGACCCCGGCCUCUCACCCACUAGCUCCGGCCGCCGCAGACUCCUGCUUUUUGACUUCCUGUUUUCUCUGCAACAAGAAGCUGAGCCCAGAUAAAGAUAUCUACAUGUACAGGGGAGAUCAAGGCUUCUGCAGCGCGGAGUGCCGGAGCCGGCAGAUAGUUGUUGAUGAAAUGAAAGAAAUAGAGAGUUGCAGGAAGAAAAUGGUGGCAUCUUUCCGGCGUAAGAGCUGUCGCAGUAGCAGUGGUGGUGGGUACGAGACUCACGCCUUGCUCGAGGAACUCCGGCAGCGACGGCGACCCAGCAAGCCUCUGUCCUCCCCAAAAAGUCCGGCCACCUCUAUUUUCAUUUUACAUUGACUUAAACUUGAUGCGUUGCUCUCCUUGUCAAUAUUUAUUUGCCCCAAAGAAUAUCUAGUGGAUAAUUACUUGGAUAAUGUAAAGUGGAAGGAAAUCAAGUAAUUAAUUUUCUCUUCCCUAGCAGAUAAUUACUUGGAUAAUGCACUGAAAACAAAUUAAAUAAUUUUUUCCCUUUUAAAGGAUUGAUAUCA